UUCACACACGUUGCGAGUUUUUUUUUAAGUUUGAAAAUGUACUCAAGUCGGACGUGUCAUUAAAUUUAAUUUUUACUAGUCAGUAGAAGAGUGUAAUCAAAUUAAUAAUACUCCUGUAAAGGAACAAGAUGACCGAAAAUCGGAAAGGUACCGUCAAAGUAGAAUACCUGAGACAAAUUGAAAGGGAAAUUCAAAGCCAAUGGUAUGAACAAAAAGCUUAUGAAAUCGAUGCACCUUCAAAUAAAAGUAAAAAUGUCAAAGAAAAGUAUUUUGUUACUUUCCCUUUUCCAUACAUGAAUGGCCGAUUACAUUUGGGACAUACUUUUUCCAUUUCAAAAUGCGAAUUUGCGGCGAGGUUUCAACGGCUGAAAGGCAAACAAGUGUUGUUUCCAUUCGGAUUUCAUUGCACAGGCAUGCCAAUUAAAGCGUGUGCGGACAAACUUAAAUAUGAGAUGCAAACGUUUGGCUAUCCUCCAAAGUUUCCUGAUUCUGAUGACGAAGAAGCUGUCACUGAAGAAAACACUGAUGUCAUUAAAGACAAGAGUAAAGGCAAAAAAAGUAAAGCUGUAGCUAAAGGAGGUAAGGCUAAAUACCAGUGGCAAAUAAUGAAGAGUUUAGGAUUCGAAGACAAUGAACAGAUUCGUAGUUUUGAGGAUCCGCUAACAUGGUUAAGUUAUUUUCCACCAUUGGCAGUUGAAGAUCUUAAAAGCAUUGGCCUGCAUGUCGAUUGGCGCAGAACUUUUAUAACUACAGACGAAAAUCCAUUUUUCGAUAGUUUUGUUCGUUGGCAAUUUUUACGUUUGCAAGAAGGAAAUAAAAUCAAGUACGGAAAACGGUACACCGUGUUUUCUCCUAAAGAUAAUCAACCGUGCAUGGACCACGACAGAUCCAAAGGGGAAGGUGUUGGUCCACAAGAGUAUACGUUGAUUAAAAUGAAAGUUUUGGAACCUUAUCCUGAAAAACUAAAGUCAUUGAAAAAUAAACCAGUUUUCUUAGUGGCGGCUACACUAAGACCAGAAACAAUGUAUGGCCAGACUAAUUGUUGGAUUCAUCCGGAAUUAGAAUAUAUUGCAUUGGCAAUAAAAGACGGAAGUAUUUAUAUAUGCAGUGAAAGAGCUUCCCGAAAUAUGUCGUAUCAAGGAUUUACCAAAAACAAUGGUGUAUAUGAAACCAUUUUUAAGCUCAAAGGACAAGACAUUUUAGGGAUCAAAUUGAAUGCACCGCUUGGCUUAAAUAAAGUUAUAUAUACGUUACCCAUGCUAUCGAUCAAACCCGAUAAAGGUACCGGAGUCGUAACAAGCGUCCCUUCAGAUUCACCCGACGAUUAUGCUGCUUUGCAAGAUUUAAAGAAAAAACCAGCAUUCCGUGAGAAGUACAACAUUACAGAUGAAAUGGUCCUUCCAUUUGACCCGAUUCCUAUAAUUGAUGUUCCCGAUUUUGGGAACCUUAGUGCUGUAACUGUAUAUGAUCAGUUGAAAAUUCAAAGUCAGAACGACAAAGAAAAGUUACAACUGGCAAAAGAAAAAGUGUACUUAAAAGGAUUUUACGACGGGGUCUUAGUUGUUGGAGAGUUUAAAGGCCAAAAAGUGCAAGACGUGAAGAAAGCUUUGCAAAAGAAACUUAUGGAAUCUAAACAGGCUGUUGUUUAUUAUGAACCAGAGAAAUCUAUCAUUUCUCGAUCUGGUGAUGAAUGUGUUAUAGCAUUGUGCGAUCAGUGGUACUUGGAUUACGGUGAAUCUGAAUGGAAAGCCGCUGCAGAAUUAGCUUUAAGCAAUCUAAAUACUUACCACGAUGAAGUGAGGAAAAACUUUACGGCCUGUCUAAACUGGUUACACGAAUACGCCUGUUCUAGAACUUACGGUUUAGGCACAAAAUUACCAUGGGAUGAAAAUUGGCUAAUAGAAUCUCUAUCGGAUUCUACAAUUUAUAUGGCAUAUUACACCGUUGCUCAUUUGUUACAAGAAGGGACUUUUAAAGGAGAAAACGGAAACCGGUUGAAUAUUAAACCUGAACAGAUGACGCCAAAAGUUUGGGAUUAUAUUUUCUUGGACAACACGACUUACCCUGAGGAAUGUAAAAUAAAAAAAGAACAUCUAGAUACGAUGAAACGUGAAUUUGAGUACUGGUAUCCCGUUGACUUACGAUGUUCGGGCAAGGAUUUAAUUCAAAACCAUUUAACUUUUUUUAUAUACGUCCAUUGUGCCAUAUGGUCGAAGCGACCCGACUUAUGGCCAAAAAGCAUUAGAGCCAAUGGGCAUUUAUUAUUAAAUUCUGCCAAGAUGUCCAAAUCUGAUGGAAAUUUCAUGACUUUGGAAGACGCAGUAAAGAAAUUUAGUGCAGACGGAAUGAGACUUUGUCUGGCUGAUGCUGGAGAUUCUAUCGAGGAUGCUAAUUUUGUUGAAAAUAUGGCCGACGCUGGUAUCUUAAGACUUUAUACAUUUAUCGAAUGGGUCAAAGAUGUGUUGGCAUCCAUUUCGUCUCUUCGAGUUGGUCCAUCAAAUUCUUUUGCGGAUACUCUGUUUACAAAUGAAAUCAAUCUUAAAAUUCAACAAACUGGCGAUUUCUUUGAAAAGCUGUUAUUCAAAGAAGCUCUGAGAACUGGAUUUUUCGAAUUCCAAGCAGCUCGAGAUCGGUAUCGUGAGCUAUGCGGCAACCCGGAAUUAGGUGGCGAAUUCAUGCACAAAGAUUUAAUUUUGCAUUUUAUCAGAGUACAAACUAUUUUAAUAGCACCGAUUUGUCCGCAUGUUGCCGAACAUGUGUAUCAACUUUUAGGAAAUAAAGACAGUGUGGUCAAUUCGAAUUGGCCUCAAAUCGAUACGGUAGACCAUCGACUUCUGGAAAGUGGAGAAUACUUAAUGGAGGCUGCUCAUACGUUUAGACUUCAACAGAAAAACAUGUUGAGUAUAGGGUCAAAAAAGAAUGUAGCAAAAUCUACUACCAAAGAGGUAGAAAAACCGAUAAAAGCCGUAGUCUGGGUCGCUAAAACUUUUCCUCCGUGGCAGACCACAGUCUUGGAGACAAUGAAACAGCUUUAUACGGAAAAUAACAACGAAUUGCCCAAUAAUAAAAUAAUAUCCUCGGCGAUGGGAACAAAAGAAACACUUAAAAAAUAUAUGAAACGAGUGAUGCCGUUUGCUCAAAUGAUAAGAGAAAAACUCGACAAGAUCGGUCAAACGGCUUUCAACAUUAAACUAGAUUUUGAUGAAAAACAUGUUCUCGAGGUGAACAAAACAUAUUUGGAGAAUACGUUAGAUCUGGAAAAUAUAGAUGUUAAAUAUUCCGACCAUAAAGAUGCACCUGAAAAUAUUCGUAACGAAUGUUGUCCUGGUCAGCCUCACAUAACUUUUCUGCCUCUCCCCGAAUCGUUACUUUUAAUCGUGACCAACCCGCAGCCACAAAAACCAUACUUCCAAAGAGAACUUCCGGUGUAUGAUAACGAUACUGUUGCUAAACUAAUUAAAAGAUUGAAAAAACUCGAUCAAAAACUGACGUCCAGCAAGAUUCAAUUGUGGCGGUACAAAGAUCCCGUCAUGGGGCCAAGGUUGAUCCCGAAUUAUUUACAGCCUACCGAACACAGCGAUGUGUUGACUUUAGAGACUAAAAUAAAUAUUGACGUAAAAAAUAAAGUCAUCGAGUACAACACCGAUGAUAAACAAAAAUAUCUAUUGGGUAAUGCCAUUAUUUAUAUGGUUCAACAAUAAUACAAUUUACGAUCUUGCACAAUGGGUUGUUAUAAAAUUUGAACUAAAUUAUUUAUUCUAUAGGAUACAAUUGUUGUAAUUUAUCUUUUAAAGAAUCUGAUGUAUACUACUGGAAAAAAUUAAUAAAAUGAUUCAAAUGUACAA